CUCCGUCACUGACGCUUCUGGAGCUCCACUGGCGCUAUUCUCUCCACAGACCGCAGCUCAUGCCUCCAGCAUGGCUGCGGAGUCGAUCGAAGAAGAGCCCAAAGCGGCCCGCCGCGACGAACUCAAACGCCAACAAGCUACGAGCAAUGGCAAGGAAGCCGCCCGGCAUGUUUCAGACGAUGAAGACGAGGACACUGAGGAUGAGGCAGACGAAGAACCUAAACUCAAGUACACGCGACUGACAAGCAGUCUGGGGCCGGUGUAUCGAAAUGGGGACGCGACGAGCACCUUUUUGGUAGCUGGAGAUAAGAUGAUUGUGGGCACGCAUAACGGUAAUAUCCACACCAUGGCCACCCCUUCCUUCCAACCAAUUCGAACAUACAACGCGCAUCCCUCGGCCUCGGUAACCUCCCUUUCAAUAUCGCCUUUCCCGCCUCCUAUACCUACGGAUCAAGCAAGCCUUUCCAAUCAAGCAGAGCCAUCAGAUACACCGACAAGACAAGCGCCGACAUCAGGCGGCCAUCAAUCAUCUCCCCGCGCACUGCGGCAACCUGCAAUUCCCCAGACUCCUUCCAACCAGAUCUACAUUGCUUCUUCAUCGAUUGAUGGUUAUGUGUGCGUAUCCUCCUUGAUCGAUCCGAAGGACGUUACCUUGCGUAAUUUUGGGCGACCAGUUCAAGCGGUUGCGCUUUCUCCAGAGUUCAAGUCUGAUCGGUCAUAUCUAUCUGGAGGCCUGGCCGGAGAGCUGAUUCUGACAACCGGAGGCGCGACAGGAGUCCGACAAAAUGCAAAUACAAGCCAUGCUUCUCAGGCGGCGCAAGGUUGGCUCGGAGCUAUCGGGCUUGGUGGCAACUCAGGGAAAGAUACCAUUUUGCAUUCUGGAGAGGGAAGCAUUGGCACGAUCAAGUGGUCGCUGUCUGGAAAAUACGUUGUUUGGGUCAACGAGCAUGGUAUCCGUAUCAUGCGAUCGAAUUUACAUCUGCACAGCGCCGAUGCCGAAUUUGCAUGGAAGAGAAUAGGCUUUAUUGACCGACCAAACCGGAGAGCAUGGGAGGAUAUGGCUGGUGUCUGGAAAGCUCGUGUUGAAUGGGUGGAUGAUGAGUGUUUAGAAUCAGAUGAGGAUUCUAUCAUCAGCCUGAACAGCAGCCAGGGCACGGAGAAGGCCGAUUCUACUCUGCCCCAUCAAAGAUUAGACCAACCACAACCGGAUUCCAAGAAAAAGACAAAAAGGAAAAAGAAGACGGAGAAACUUGUCAUUGGCUGGGGCGAUGCUGCCUGGGUGGUUCAUGUAAAGCCCGGUGGAGCUGGGGUUGGUAAAGAUGUUGGUGAGAGAUCCGUUGGCAGCGCCGAGAUCAUCCAUUUCCUUCGAUUCGACGAUUGUAUUGUUUCUGGCAUAUCGCUCUAUACCCCUUCCUUACUUCUUGUUCUUGCAUAUCGAACGCGCGACGACGAUGACAAUCCCAUCAACGACCCCGAUACCACACCCCGACGCGGAAUGCAUAGGCGAGCGAACGGGCUCUCUCCAGAGCUGAAGCUGAUAGAUGCUGCAACAUCUGAUGAAGUGGAAGUGGACUCAUUGACCAUCAGCAGAUUCGAGAGUCUUUCAGCUGCUGAUUACCACCUCAAUACUUUGUAUGUACCGCAUCCCAAAGCAAUGACGCCGGCUCAAAGAAGCGCUCUUGAGGCCUUUGGGGGAGGUAUAUGGGACGCUGGACUGAGUGCGGCACGCAUUUUCAGUUCCAGCGCGAGUGCUGUCAGUGUUCCGGUUAGCGGAGACCUUAAGGCAGCGUCAUCAAUUUCGUCCACUGGCGCUGGUAAUGGAUCAGGACUGAGUUCUUCGAAACGAUCACUACCGGCUCAUCCAAAUGUUGCUACCGCUGGUUUGAAGGUCUUUAUUCAAAGCCCUUAUGAUUGCGUUCUGGCCGUGAAGCGGGACCUGGCCGAUCAUUUUGCUUGGGAGUUAGAGCAUGAGAAUUAUGAAGAUGCAUGGGAGUUGAUUGAAGACCAUCCAGAGAUUGUUGCAACGGCCACGCAAAACUUCCCAGAAUCAUCUCCGACUAGCACUCCCACGAGGAAACAGGGAAGUCUGCACGAGUUCUUUGCGGACGAACAUGCAUCUCAGACAACCAUAUCGGCCCCACGAGCUAAUCAGAAUUCUGCGGUUGAAAAGGAAAAACGACGUAUUGGUGACCUUUGGGUCCAGCAACUUGUGAAUGCGGGAAAUUGGGAAGAAGCCGGAAAGGUUGCUGGACGGGUGCUGGGAACAUCAGCGAAAUGGGAACAUUGGGUGUGGAAAUUCGCGCAAGCGAACCGUUUCAAUGAAAUCGCCCCAUAUCUCCCAAAGAAGCAGAUGCAGCCCCCGUUGCCAUCAAUGGUUUACGCGGUGGUUCUUGGGCACUACAUCAUCAACGAUCGGAUACGCUUCAAACAUUUGUUAGAGGAUUGGGAUACCGACCUCUACGAUGUCAACAGCGUGCUUGAGGCAAUCAAAAGCAAAUUAGCUACUGGAGAUGUCACUGAAGAUACCGUGGAAGGUGGUGAACAGGGUCGAGACUGGAGGAUCUUGCAAGAUGCCUUGGCAAAACUGUACCUCGCAGACGGCCAUCAACAAGACGCGCUACGGUGUUACAUCCGUCUGCAGAAUGCAGAUGCAGCCAUGUCCCUGAUCCGCGAGUUCCACCUCGUGGAGUCAGUUCGAGACGACAUCCCUGGAUUCAUCCUAUUGCGCGUAUCACGGGAGCAAAUGGAUAAUGCCUCGUUGGAAGAGCUACGUGAAGCCUCUGCAGAGUCCAUCAACGUCUUGGUUGAUGAGGGCUGUCGUGGAAUUAUCCCGGCAGAUGAAGUUGUAACUCAGCUCCGAGGAAAGGGGGAUGCCUUCCAACCCUUUUUGUUCUUCUACCUAAAGUGCCUAUGGAAGCCGGAAACCCACCAACGCAAGCAGCAGACGCCGAAAGAGCGCAGAGCAGCAGAUCGUCUUGCCGCUGACGGUGUGAUCAUUGCUGAAGAGUUCGCCGACCUCAUGGUCGAAAUGUUUGCUGUGUAUGAUCGACAGCUUCUGAUGGAGUAUCUCAAGAAGUCUCAGCAUUAUGACCUCGGCAAAGCAACGACAAUCUGUGAAGAGAGAGAGUACUACCCGGAACUUGUCUACAUACUGUCAAAGACAGGUCAGACAAAACGGGCGCUUUACCUUAUUAUUGAGAAUCUAUCAGAUGUUUCGUUCGCCAUCUCUUUUGCUAAGGAACAAGAUGAUCCUGAUCUCUGGAACGAUCUUCUUGAUUACUCGAUGGACAAACCACAUUUCAUCCGCGGCCUCCUUGAAGAGGUUGGCACGUCUAUUGACCCCAUUCAACUCGUCAAACGAAUUCCCGAAGGGCUAGAGAUUGAGGGCUUGAGAGAUGGCAUCGGUCGAAUGGUUCGCGAAUACGAGAUUCAACACUCCAUUUCGGAAGGCGUAGCCAAAGUUCUCCGCGGAGAAGUGGCCACAGGUAUGGAUACUCUUCGUGCGGGACAGAAGCGUGGUGUGAAAUUCGAGGUUGUGCCCUGCGACGAUGAAGAUGAAUCGCAGCAGUCCCACCAUCUGAAAGUAGAUGUUGAACCUAAGGGGGUUGAUCCAGCCACAGCAGCAGCAGCAGCCACACCAAAGGACGACACUGCUGCCUCAUCAUACUUGGCGACGUCGUCAAAUCUCCAGGCUGACCCCACUCCUGUCAUCAAUUUGGAUUCCGAUCCUGAGCCAGGUCAUUGCACUGGUUGCCGUCAAGCUUUCACCCUACCCACGAUGGAAGAAGAGGAGUUUACGGACGGCCCCAUACCCAAAUCUCGCGACACCCUUGUUGGAUUUGCAUGUGGACACGUUUUCCACCUCUCAUGCCUGCUGCCAAAGACAAGUGCCAGUGCUAGCGUCGCUGCCACUUUACAGCAGCGUUUAGCGAACGACGCCCAAUUCGGUGGAGGCUGGGGUCGAAGCGUAGGUGCAAAGGUAGCACACGCCCACGUCAUAAAGAACGCCGUGGGUCGUGGCUGCGUGAUAUGUCGCGAACGGGAAGGUCUUGUCGAAUCAACAGACACGUGAAUUCGCAAUCGAUUAGGAGGAUUUGUAUAUAAGGAAAGUCGGACAUCUUUGGAUUUCAUCGUCAUCGCAUCACGAUGAUAGAACAUUUCGUGGUUGUUUUAGUAGAGGUUAUUUAUCGGUUGUAAGGAAUAGGAAGCAUUCUCAUAGUGGAGUUGCGCUAUGCAUAAGGGGCGCUGAAAUCUUUGAACCUCUUUCAUGUACAGUUUGCUUGAUGAAGAACAGUUGUUUUGAAUUUUCAGAUAUACUUGCAAAAUACG